AUGGCAGUUACAUCCUUCCCCUCCGAUUCCGCCGUGGAAUCGGUAAAACAGACCGUGCGGUCGGUGUCAACAUGCUCGAAUGCCACCGUGUUAUCGCUCCAAACGCUCUUCCGGAGCCCAGCAGAUGUCGAAAGUGCAACGGUGAAGAAAGUAGGGAGGUCUGCGAAAGCUACGAAUUUAAAUACAACGGCCGCGUCGAGGGCGAAGACCUCACGGACGAGAACGACGACGAAGACGAAAACGUCUACACAAGAAACUGGACUUAAUACGCUCGGCGAGUCGCGGUUAUCAAACCAAGAGAAACUAGUGCUGGCGACAGAGGUGUUUAAUACGACAUUGAAGACUCUUUCAGAUGCGGUGAAAACAUCGGCACCAAAGUUGAAAGAACGGAAGGAAUUAAGUCCCGUGAAACGGGGGACGAAGUCAAACCGGUCAAAACCAACGCAAGCGGAGGAACGGACAUCGACAGAGACGGAGAAUGGGGUUUCAGCAGUCGGGGAGUGCGCGAGACUAUCACUCUCGUGUCUGCGGUUGUUGAAAAGCGAAUCAGGAACUGGAGGACAAGGAGAUGGAAUGCCAAAUAUGCAGCUCGAACAAGGUGCGUGUAUUUUGGCGGGCAGACUCUUAGGCCUGGGCCUCAACGACAUGGCGUAUAAAGAGCUGAGGGGGCUCAAGAGGCGAAUCCAGCAGUAUCUUGAUGCGCUGGCGAGCGGUAGCAAGAAGGCGGGGAAAAAGGAUGCUCGUGAUGCGGAAGCCGAAGAAGCAGCUAAAGAACGGAUGUCAGACCUUUUGUCUUUCUCGGACAUCUCAAACGCUCGGUCGGUUCAUGGUCUACUCGUGUCGUUCCAGUCGAAUGCGUUACGCUUAAUAUCGGCGGAGAAACGAGCCGCUACCAUCCAGAAACUCGUUCCAUCCCUUCAACUGGCCGACAAAAGUAGCCCGGCUAGUGUGAUAUUGGCGGCCAUCGAAUCGGGAGCACUAACCAAGGACAAAGGGGCAGUUCAACUUCAGUUGUUAUCGAGUACCGUUUCGUCUCUUUCCGCACAAAACAGCAAUGCAAACACCGGAAAGGACCGCUUGAAGCCGGUAACGCUUUUGACUCUACAGCUCCUAUCGCUUGAGAUCCGAUGUAUGUCUUGGAAGAUAUCUGGUCAUGUCUGUGAGGAUGGCAAGGAGAUGUGGGAUCCCUUGGCACGAUACAUCGGGGCUUUUGCACAGGCGACAAAAAGCAUUGAGAAGGUCGAAUUUGCUUCCAUAUACAAGACCAUAGUUCGACUCCAGUCUGCUUUUGCGAAGACGCAGACCCGUUCCUCGACGAACUUCAAGGAUAAUUUGUCAGUCGCCCGGAUUGCCACUAUCCUGGGGCAGCUCGCCCAGGACGCAGGGUGCUUCAAGGAAGCCCUACAGCUUUUCACGGAAUCUCUUCAACCAUUAUCUAAUGGCCAGUGUCUAGGAUUGGCUACCGUUCGGUGCAAGAUUGCGACACUUCAUUUUCAAGCGAUUAAGUCAUCAGCGAAACUCGAUGGGCAGGUAUCCGAAGCAGUUUCCGAAGCAACCACUGCCCUUAGCCUUCCACUAAGAGGAAGCUCGCAUGAUCUAGAUGAGCUUCUGGUCGAGGCAGCUAAGCUGAAGAAGCUUGCCAUGGGUUGGUUUGGCGAUAUAGUAUCCAAGGAGCAGGCCUCACAACACGAAAAUGCUACCUUCCCACGAAUAUACGAAUAUUUGAAUGCUUUUGUGCGCUUCUUGCGACGCUAUAUUGGACGCCGACCUGCGGACGACGAAAUGAAAGACCAAGAAGGGUUCCAGAAACGCAUCUAUACCGCCCAGAAUAUUCUAUUCGCAGCUGUGGAUUCUACUGUCGCCAUUGGAAGACUAUCGGUCAUGUCUCAGCGCCCGCCUUGGGAUGAGAUAGUUUCCACGCUACUUGAUUGCCAACGCCUUAUCAUGACGAUCGAGCCUUCCGAAGAGAACCCGGCAACCGCUGAUUCUAUUGGCAUGGCCCUCGUGAAAUUGUCGAAUCUUUUCUGGUCUCGAUAUCUCAAAGAAAAAGAGGCUGGCAAGAGUGCCCGUGAAAUUCUGCCGCUGUUGAAACAAUCCGCCAAUUUGCUUUCUGGGUGUUCGCCUUCUCAACGGACGACUGGUUUCGCUCCCCUCAAAUACGAAAGACUAGCACAUACGUAUAUUGAGGGAAAUUGCAUUUCGGAGGCAGAGGCCGCUUUUUGCCAAUCUAUUAGCGAACAUAUUGCCACCGGAGCUCUCGACAAGAUUACUUCUAGUACGGAUGGGUGCUUCCCCCAUCAAAUUAGUCACGACCCAAAACGCAGCGAGUUCACCCUUGGACGAGUUUUUUCGGCCUAUCUCAAAGUGAAGCUGCGGAAUAAGCGAUCUGUGGUGAACGAGAUCUUCGAUGACGAUGCCCUUCCUACUGCCCAACGAGGUCACGUUCUGGAGUGGCAGUUGGGCAUUCUAACGGAGAUCCAGUCCGUUGCAAACAGUGAGCACAUAUUCCGCUCCGUUGUCACUGAGAUCGUGUCGAGACUUUUGGACGUUUACCCGGCGGCGCAACACCCAAUUCGGCGGCUUCGGGUUGUUUUGUGCGGAUUGCGCUUUGCACUGGAGCAGCCCGGGUCUUUGGAUCCAGAACUUAUUGAGCGAUUUGUUGCCGAGGGGCGACAAGGGGUAAACGGCAAUGACCACCAAGACGACAAAGAUAUAGCUGCUCUAGCCACGCAUGUCCAGAACUCGGUUCGCCUCACAUUGGGCCUUCUUGAAGGUACCCUCGGACCUGAACAGCUGACUUCGAUCAUAUCAUCCUGGAAUGCGAUGCUGCAAGACUGUACUGAGUUGAAGUCUCUCGUAUCAUGCGUCGGCAACGUCGAGUACUAUCUGCUUCAGAUGAAAGCUGUUGUCGACUACACCGAAAUUCAUGGUCUCUGGAAAUUUCAACUUUCCACGCUGGAGUUGGUAUUGCGUGUUACCGAGCUACAGGGAGUUGGAGCAUUCUCCGAGGCUAUUGUCGUUCUCUCCCGACUUGUUCUGCAAUAUUGCCGCCUCGGGUUUUGUACUAACGCGCGUUCUCUCCUUAGUCGGGCAGACAGCUAUAUUACACAGCAUGAAGUCUCUUGCUUGGCGAGGUUAUCGUAUGACUUGGCUCGCGUGGGAUUCUACCUUGAAACCGGUGAUAACGAAAAAGCGGCGAGUGUCCUUUCGGCGGCUAGGAUGCUCUAUGAGAACAAUCAAUCAGUGGAAGACGUCAACGAUUGCUCGGUGCUAACCAAGAUUUCUUGGGAAAGAUUAGUUGCUGAUGCAGCUUCUAUGAGUUCGCGACUAUCCUUCGCCCAAGGCUCGAUCAAGGAUGCUCUCUACUUUGCCAAACUGUCCGUUAGGUUAAACUGCAGGAUAUGGGCAAAGGUUGAGAAGCUUGCCCAGAAGAAACAGGAAAAGGCUAUUGCUGGCGAUAGCUCCGAACUCGAGAUUGUUGUCGAGGGAAUGGCAAAGCUUGAGGUAUCGAAAACAUCGUCGACCUAUUCCCAAGGGGCCCCAUUCUGGCCGCAUAUCGGGUCGCAUCACAGUUCGUUGCUCCAUCUGGCCAACUUGUCCGCACACCAUGGAUUGUUCCAAGAUGCCAUAUACUAUGGGGAGCAAGCCUUGAAAAUUAACAAGUCUUUGAAUGCCAACGUUCGUUUGAUCGCUUCCCAAGCGCAGCUAGGUUCUCACUGGAUUCUUGGCGGCCAUAUUUCUGAGGGCCAAGAACUUCUCGAAUCUGCUAAAGAAUCAGCCCUGCAGCUUGAAAGCAGCAUUGAGCUUGUUUCACUGCAGGUAAGCCUCGCCGCACUUCAUAGAGUGGAAGGCGAUUAUCGCAGUGAGUACAGGACUCUUCGAGAGGCAGAGAAGCUUAUGGGCGGCCUUUUUGAGACUAAGCCGACAAUUGAAUCUGCAGAUGUGCCUCAAUUGGAGGAAAAAAUGGAUAAACUACGGAUUCGGCCAAAGAGUAGGUCGACUAGGCAAACCGCCGCGGCAUCAACCAGGAAAACUCGCAGCGGAACAACCUCUGCACGAAGUACUCCCAAGCCACCACCGAGUACUGAAGCGACACCAAUUGAUUCGAACACACUACUUCAUGUGAAGAGUGAGAUACUUCGGCAACAGGCUGGGUCUUUACGUGCACAGCGCGAGUUUGAGAAAGCCUCCGGGUUGCUGAAUGACGCCCGGAAGCUCGCCGUGACAAGAGAUAGCAAGAUAUCGGUACAUAUUGGAGAGAGUGAGCACCUUCUCGCGGACGCCAUUCGACACUUUGCCAGCCAUGCAGUAUACUGUGUUCUUCCAGAAUCGACGAUUUCUCUGCCCUCACUGCAACCGAGCGGGGCCACCGGUGAGACAGGCACCAGCAAACCAACCACAUCACGUAGAGCUAGGGCAACUACCAGAGGAACCCGGUCGAAAGCUCAGCCUGCAGCGGAGGAUUUUUCUGUUAUGCUAUCCAAGGCUGGCAUCUGCUUGAACGACAUUUUCGACACCGCCACCCAUCUCGGGUCUACGCUGGAUAGUCAUUGUGCAUCUCGGCUGAUGAGCCGCAUCUCCAUGCUGUCUCAUGCUACUGCAUCUCAAAACCAAAUUGCUUGGCCGGAGUCCCCAGCAACGAUGAACGAGAUUGGUCGCAUUGGCGCAUUUGCGAGGGAACGAGCUGCUAUUGGUAUCGAUAAGCAGUUGGCUGAUUACUGUGAUCCCCUGCUUUGGCCGCGCUCAGCAUUGCUUCAGUCGGAGGACGUGGGCUCUGAUUUCACCGAAGAGUACGUCGACAUACUUCCGGAUAACUGGAAUGUUCUCUCCCUGUCCCUCAGCACAGAUCAAACCGAAUUUGUUGUUUCGCGUUUGCAUCAAGGUCGCUCACCGUUCCUGCUACGCCUUCCUCUUCGACGCGGCAAUGCUGAAGAUGAAGAAGAGCAAUUUACGUUUGAGGAUGGCAGGGAUGAAAUGAAAGAGCUUAUCCAGUUGGCUAAUGAGAGCGCUCACGCUGCGAAGUUGCAAGUCGACCGACAAGCUAAGAAGGGAUGGUGGAAGAACCGGGAGGCGCUUGAUCGCAGGAUGGAAAACCUACUACAGAACAUUGAGAACGUCUGGUUUGGAGGUUUUAGAGGAAUAUUCUCCCCUAUCCCGCAUGACACUAAAUCUCUUUGCAGAUUUGCAAGCUCUUUGGAGAAUGUUCUUGAUAAGCACCUCCCUUCGAGGCAGAAGGGAAGUCGAGCGGAAGGCCCGAAGUUGACGCUGCAUCCCAACGUGUUGGAAUUGUUUGUUGGUGUUAAAGGAUUGGACGAACAGGAGGAUCCGGAGGAUACGCUGAUGGAUCUGCUUUACUUUGUUGUGGAUAUCCUACAGUUCCAGGGCGAGCGCAACGCGUACGAUGAAGUUGACUUUGACAUGAUGGUUGUUGAGACAUUGGAUGCCGUUCGGGCUUAUCAUGAGACAGCGGCAAGCAAUGGUGCCCGGCAGCAGCGGCCGAAUAACACCGUCCUUGUUCUGGAUAAGUCUCUACACUUGUUCCCGUGGGAGUCGCUGCCCUGUCUACAAGGACUUCCAGUCUGCCGAGUGCCGUCCCUAGAAUGUCUUCGCGAACGGGUGUUGCAGUUCCGUUCCCAGAAAAAGACCGCCCUAGGGAUUGACCGCCACAACGGCACCUACAUUCUCAAUCCCACCGGUGAUCUACAGACGACCCAGGGAACCUUUGAGACAGGCCUGUCUAACCUUAAAGGCUGGAGUGGUGUCGUUAAUCGCCAACCCUCAGAAGAAGAGUUCAGCAGUGGCCUCGACUCCAAGAGUCUAUUCCUAUACUUCGGGCACGGAAGCGGUGCGCAAUAUAUCCGGGGUCGUACAAUAAAGCGGCUCGAUCAAUGCGCAGUGACCUUCCUCAUGGGCUGCAGUAGCGGCACUCUGACAGAGGCCGGCGAGUAUGAGCCGUAUGGAACGCCGAUGAAUUACCUCCAGGCUGGAUCUCCGGCCUUGGUGGCUACGCUGUGGGAUGUCACGGACAAGGACAUUGAUCGGUUUGCCAAGGCGACUUUUGAGAAUUGGGGGCUGUUGGGCUCUGGUCCAGACCAAUGCGGAGAAGGGGGAGUUGUUGGAGACGAUGACGCUAAAGUUGCUCUUGAUGCAGCGGUUUCACAGGCACGACGCGCUUGCGUGUUGAAGUAUUUGAACGGCGCGGCGCCGGUGGUUUAUGGCGUUCCUGGUAUUUUUCUAGAGUAA